AUGGAGCAUAUAUCCCGGAGGCCCGAGCUAAGCUUCCUGGACGACAUGGAGCAGCCCCGUGGGCAAGCUCCCUCCGGCCGGUCCCUGCUGGGAUCGACGCCCACAGACGAGAUGCACGACCUGCUAUGCGUGGGGUUCGGUCCUGCGUCCCUGGCCAUCGGCAUUGCCCUGCAUGACGCCAUGGAUCCCGCGCUGAACUAUUCGCGUGCCAAUCCGAACUGGAAACCCAAGGUGUGCUUCCUAGAGCGCCAGAGACAGUUCGCCUGGCACUCGGGCAUGUUGGUCCCCGGCUCGCGCAUGCAAAUCUCCUUCAUGAAGGACCUGGCUACCCUGCGCGAUCCGCGUAGCAGCUUUACCUUCCUAAACUACCUCCACCACAAGGGCCGCCUGGUCCAUUUCACCAACCUGGGCACCUUCCUGCCGGCUCGAAUGGAGUUUGAGGACUAUAUGCGCUGGUGUGCCCAGCGCUUUGAGGAUGUCGUUGCCUACGGCGAGGAGGUCGUCGAGGUGGUGCCGGGAAAGACCGAUGCCCGCGGCGCCGUGGAAUCGUUUACCGUCCGCUCGCGUAAUGUUGGAACGGGCGAGAUCACCUCGCGGCAGGCUCGCAAAGUGGUCAUCGCCAUCGGCGGUAAAGCCAAAAUGCCCCAAGGUUUCCCGCAAGACCCGCGCAUCAUGCACUCGUCCAAGUAUUGCACUGGGCUUCCCGCCGUGCUGAAAAGCGAAUCUGCGGCGUACAAUAUUGCCGUGGUGGGCAGUGGCCAGAGCGCGGCCGAGAUCUUCCACGACCUGCACCGCCGGUAUCCGAACGCGCGUACGACGCUGGUCCUGCGUGACUCGGCUCUCCGGCCUAGUGAUGACUCUCCUUUUGUGAAUGAAAUCUUCAACCCCGAACGCGUGGACAAGUUCUUCCAGCUGUCCGCCGAAGAGCGCAGUCGCGCCAUUGCUGCAGACAAGGCCACCAACUACAGCGUGGUUCGUCUGGAGCUGAUCGAGCAGAUUUACAACGACCUGUACCUGCAGCGGGUGCAGAACGCAGACGAAAAGCAGUGGCAGCAUCGCAUCCUGCCAGAACGGCAGAUCGGCCGCAUCGAGCACCACAACCCAGCGAAUCGUAUGCGCGUCCACGUCCGGUCGACGCGUCCCGAUGCCCCCGCGGGACACGACCGAGAAGUGCUGGAGGUGGACGCCCUGAUGGUGGCGACGGGGUACCAGCGCGAUGCGCAUGAAGAGCUGCUGGGCCCUGUGCGCACACUACGCCCCGCCGGCCAAGCGGCCUGGAAUCCUGGCCGGGAUUAUCGUGUCGAGCUGGACCCCGGCAAAGUCAGUCCCCAGGCCGGCAUCUGGCUACAGGGUUGCAAUGAAAAAACCCACGGCCUCUCCGACAGCCUUUUGUCGGUGUUGUCGGUCCGGGGUGGAGAGAUGGUCAGCUCCCUGUUCGGAGAUCAACUGUCAGGGAGCUUGUUCCAAAAUACCCGGUUGCGCGCCAUGCUGUGA